AUGAAUGCCGUCGUCGUCCAAGGCGGCAAAGGCCCAGCUGAUUCGAUGUCUAUACAGCAAAUACCCAAGCCUGUACCCUGUACUGGACAGGCUCUGGUCAAGAUUAAGGCGUUCGGUCUAAACCGUAUGGAUUUGCUACAGAGGGAGGGCUUAUACCCUCUGCCGCCACAGGCACCUGAGACACUGGGAGUCGAGUUCUCUGGCACCAUCGAGGCAUUGGGCCCAGAUACGAAAUGCGAUUUCCAAAUUGGCGAUCCGACAUUUGGACUUGCCUAUGGAGGGGCUUAUGCUGAAUACAUUGCUGUCUCGACCGACAUGCUAAUCCAUAAGCCUGCGGCGCUCUCGUGGGAAGAAGCUGCAGGUGUUCCUGAAACCUGGAUCACAGCCUCACAGGCGCUCCUUCUCAUCGGAAACUUUGUGCCUGGCCAGUCGGUGCUAUGGCAUGCUGGUGCCUCGUCUGUGUCUAUUUCUGGAAUCCAGCUUGCUAAAGCGAAAGGAGCCAAAGCUAUCUAUGCAACGGUCGGCUCGCAGGAAAAAGUAGAUUUCCUUGUUAAGGAACUUGGCGUUACAGCUGCAUUCAUAUACAAAACCCAGGACUGGGCCUCCGAGCUCAAGCAGGCAACAAACGGCGAGGGUGCUAACAUUAUUGUUGACUUCGUUGGUGCCAGCCAUUUCCAGGGCAACCUCAAUGCUGCCGCAUAUGACGGUCGUGUUGUACUGUUGGCUUUGAUGGGUGGGGCAAAGCUGCCAGACAAUGUGGACAUAUCUGCACUGCUAUCAAAAGGGUCCGCCUAG